UCAGAGGAAGGAAACAAAGGUUAUGGACCUGUUUUUGAGGAGCAACCCAUUGAUACCAUCUACCCAGAAGAAUCUUCAGAUGGUCAAGUUUCAAUGAACUGCAGGGCUCGCGCAAUUCCUUUUCCUACUUACAGGUGGAAACUCAACAACUGGGAUAUUGAUUUAACAAAGGAGCGCUACAGUAUGGUGGGAGGCAGACUUGUUAUCAAUAAUCCAGAGAAAUCAAGGGAUGCUGGAAAAUAUGUCUGUGUAGUGUCGAAUAUCUUUGGAACUGUCAGAAGCAGUGAAGCCACUCUGAGUUUUGGAUAUCUGGAUCCGUUUCCACCUGAGGAACGCUAUGAGGUUAAAGUGCGAGAAGGUGUUGGAGCAGUGCUUCUUUGUGAGCCCCCUUACCACUACCCAGAUGAUCUGAGUUAUCGCUGGCUUCUAAAUGAGUUCCCAGUAUUCAUUGCUUUGGACAAACGUCGAUUUGUGUCACAGACGAAUGGCAACCUCUACAUUGCAAAUGUAGAAGCAUCAGAUAAAGGCAAUUAUUCCUGCUUUGUGUCCAGCCCUUCAAUAACCAAGAGUGUAUUCAGUAAAUUUAUUCCACUUAUUCCACAGUCCGAUCGUGCAAAAGUAUAUCCUGCUGAUAUCAAGGUGAAGUUCAAGGACACAUAUGCUCUCCUGGGGCAAAAUGUGACACUGGAGUGUUUUGCUCUUGGGAAUCCGGUUCCUGAACUCAGAUGGAGUAAAUACCUUGAACCCAUGCCUGCCACUGCUGAGAUAAGCAUGUCUGGUGCAGUUCUUAAGAUCUUCAAUAUUCAGUAUGAAGACGAAGGACUUUAUGAGUGUGAAGCUGAAAACUAUAAAGGAAAAGAUAAACAUCAAGCGAGAGUUUAUGUACAAGCCUCUCCUGAGUGGGUAGAACAUAUCAAUGACACAGAGAAAGAUAUAGGCAGUGACCUAUACUGGCCUUGUGUAGCUACAGGCAAGCCUAUCCCAACAAUCAGAUGGUUGAAGAAUGGUGUCUCGUUCCGUAAAGGUGAACUAAGAAUACAAAGCCUGACCUUUGACGAUGCCGGCAUGUACCAAUGUAUAGCAGAAAACACGCAUGGAAUUAUUUACGCAAAUGCUGAACUGAAGAUUGUGGCUUCACCUCCUACUUUUGAGCUGAACCCUAUGAAAAAGAAAAUCCUAGCAGCUAAAGGGGGCCGUGUAAUCAUUGAAUGCAAGCCUAAAGCUGCUCCUAAGCCAAAAUUCUCCUGGAGCAAAGGAACAGAAUUGCUUGUCAAUGGGAGUCGCAUACGUAUCUGGGAUGAUGGGAGCCUGGAAAUUAUCAAUAUCACAAAGCUGGAUGAAGGUCGCUACACCUGUUUUGCAGAAAAUAACCGAGGAAAAGCUAAUAGCACUGGUGUUCUAGAAAUGACAGAGGCUACAAGGAUUACUUUAGCUCCGUUGAAUGUUGAUGUCACCGUUGGAGAGAAUGCUACCAUGCAAUGCAUUGCAUCCCAUGAUCCCACAUUAGACCUGACAUUUAUUUGGUCUCUAAAUGGCUUUGUAAUAGAUUUUGAGAAAGAGCACGAACAUUAUGAAAGGAAUGUUAUG